AUGGCGUCGGCCGUGGUCGACAUGCCGCACCGCGAGCGCGGAAAGCAACGAGAUGGUGGCGAUUCCUAUCGCCCUGCUCGUGCUGCGCGCUCGCCCGUCCCAGUACCGGUGCGGACGGAGGAGGAGAAGCAGGCAGCAGCAAAGGCCGAGUACGAGAAGCUGCUCAACAUGCGGUCGGGAGGCACGUACAUUCCGCCAGCGAGGCUCAGGGCGCUGCAGGCGCAGAUCACGGACAAGACCAGCAAGGAGUAUCAGCGGAUGGCGUGGGAGGCGCUCAAGAAGAGCAUCAACGGCUUGAUCAACAAGGUCAACACGGCCAACAUCAAGCACAUCGUCCCCGAGCUGUUUGGCGAGAACCUGAUCCGGGGGCGGGGCCUGUUCUGCCGGUCCAUCAUGAAGGCUCAGGCUGCCAGUUUACCCUUCACGCCCAUCUACGCGGCCAUGGCGGCCAUUGUCAACACCAAGCUGCCGCAGGUUGGCGAGCUGCUGAUCAAGCGCCUCAUCAUGCAGUUCCGCAAGGGCUUCAAGCGAAACGACAAGGCCGUCUGCCUUUCCUCGACGACGUUCCUCGCGCACCUGAUCAACCAGCAGGUCCAGCACGAGAUGCUGGCCGGCCAGAUCCUGCUUCUGCUCCUGCACAAGCCCACGGACGACAGCGUCGAGAUUGCUGUUGGGUUCUGCAAGGAGGUCGGGCAGUACUUGGAAGAGAUGCAGCCUGCCAUCUCCAUGGCCGUCUUCGAUCAGUUCCGCAACAUCCUCCACGAGUCCGACAUCGACAAGCGAACCCAGUAUAUGAUUGAGGUGCUUUUCCAGAUCCGAAAGGACAAGUUCAAGGAGAGCCCGGCUAUCAAGGAGGAGCUGGAUCUUGUUGAGGAAGAGGACCAAAUCACACACAAGGUUGAGCUUGAUGGCGAGAUUGACGUUCAGGACGGGCUCAACAUCUUUAAAUUCGACGCCGAGUGGGAGGAGCAUGAGGAGGCUUACAGGAAACUCAAGGCGGAAAUUCUCGGCGAGAGUAGCGACGAUGAAGACGAGGAUGACGACGAGGAUGAGAGUGACGAGGAAGAGGAGGAGGAAUCGAAGGCCAUGGAGAUUAAGGACCAGUCCAACGCCGACUUGGUCAACCUCCGAAGGACCAUCUACCUUACCAUCAUGUCGAGCGCCGAUCCAGAGGAAGCAGUCCACAAACUGAUGAAGAUCAACCUCCCCGCUGGUCAGGAGCCGGAACUGCCGUCGAUGAUUGUCGAGUGUUGCUCUCAGGAGAAGACGUAUACCAAGUUCUUUGGCCUGAUUGGCGAACGCUUUGCCAAGAUCAACCGUCUCUGGUGCGAUCUUUUUGAGCAGGCCUUUGCCAAGUACUACGAGACUAUCCACCGAUAUGAGAACAACAAGCUACGAAACAUUGCCAUGUUGUUCGGCCACAUGUUUGCCGCCGACUCUCUCGGCUGGCACUGCCUCUCCGUCAUCCACCUAAACGAGGAAGAAACCACGUCCAGCAGCCGUAUCUUCAUCAAGAUCUUGUUCCAGCACAUCUCUGAGGAAGUCGGCUUGGCUAAGCUAAGGGCUCGCAUGACUGACGAGACCCUCCGUCCCAGCCUCGAAGGCAUCUUCCCCCGCGAGAACCCCCGCAACAUCAGAUUCUCCAUCAACUACUUUACCAGUAUUGGUAUGGGUGUUUUAACCGAGGAGAUGCGAGAGCACCUCCAGAAUAUGCCCAAGCCUGCACUCCCCGCCCCCCCUGCUCAGGACCGCUCGGAUUCGGAUCUCCGCCACAACGGAAUCGCGGUCGCGCGCGAAGCAACUCGUACAGCUCCUACAGCCGCUCCCCAUCCUCGCCGCGACGAGAGAGGGACGCAAACUCAGCCAGCCCGCAGCCUCGACGGGGCCGACCGCGCCAGAGCCCCGGCGGUCCUGCUGGUCGCAGAAACAGCUCUUCUGUCAGUAGCGGAGGACCCCGGAAGAAGGUCAAGCGGGAUGUCAGCCAAUCGCCGUCCCGCUCGAGAUCUGGGUCAAGGUCUCCGCUCCCUCCUUCGCGUGGCAAAAGGGCUUCUUACAGUCCGUCACGCAGCCGGAGUCCGCCUCCGCGCAGGGCAAGGGAUGAUUCGGCGGAUCGUCCGCGAGAGAGGAGCCCUGUGCCGAUGA